UUUGAGGCAUAGAAGUCGCCUGACUCUCGGGGUUUUCAGUAUUGCUCAGAAAUGGCCAAUCUUUGGCCUCACCUAGUCUAUGCAAUAUUGGCAUUGUUCUUAUUAGCUACCAAUGUAGCAGCCGAAGACAAGCUAUUGCUACCACCAUUUGUCCCAUUCCCAUUUCCACUACCUAGGCCUCCCCCACCAUCUCAGUCACCUCCUCCUCCACCACCUCAUCGUCUACCGCCAUUCCCGUUCCCAUUUCCACCACCUAGGCCUCCACACCACACCCCACCACCACCACCACCACCACCUCAUCUUAUACCGCCAUUCCCGUUCCCAUUUCCACCACCUAGGCCUCCACACCACACCCCACCACCACCACCACCACCACCACAAUCUCCGUCACCGCCACCACCAUCACCAUCUCCGUCACCUCCUCCCCCACCACCACCACCACCACCAUCUCCGUCACCACCACCACCACCAUCUCCGUCACCACCACCACCAUCUUCGUCAUCUCCUCCUCCUCCCAAGGGGUCACCUCCUCCCCCACCACCUCCGUCACCACCACCACCAUCUCCGUCACCUCCUCCCCCACCAUCUCCAUCACCACCACCACCACCACCAUCUUCGUCAUCUCCUCCUCCUCCCAAGGGGUCACCUCCUCCCCCACCAUCUCCGUCACCACCACCACCACCAUCACCAUCACCACCACCACCACCACCACCACCAUCUCCGUCACCACCACCACCACCAUCUCCGUCACCACCACCACCAUCUUCGUCAUCUCCUCCUCCUCCCAAGGGGUCACCUCCUCCCCCACCACCUCCGUCACCACCACCACCAUCUCCGUCACCUCCUCCCCCACCAUCUCCAUCACCACCACCACCACCACCAUCUUCGUCAUCUCCUCCUCCUCCCAAGGGGUCACCUCCUCCCCCACCAUCUCCGUCACCACCACCACCAUCUCCGUCACCACCACCACCACCACCACCAUCUUCGUCAUCUCCUCCUCCUCCCAAGGGGUCACCUCCUCCCCCACCACCUCUGUCACCACCACCACCAUCUCCGUCACCUCCUCCCCCACCAUCUCCGUCACCUCCUCCCCCACCACCACCACCAUCUUCGUCAUCUCCUCCUCCUCCCAAGGGGUCACCUCCUCCCCCACCAUCUCCGUCACCACCACCACCAUCUCCAUCACCACCACCACCACCACCAUCUUCGUCACCACCACCACCACCCCCACCAUCUCGGUCACCACCACCACCACCAUCUCCGUCACCUCCUCCCCCACCAUCUCCAUCACCACCACCACCACCACCAUCUUCAUCAUCUCCUCCUCCUCCCAAGGGGUCACCUCCUCCCCCACCAUCUCCGUUACCACCACCACCACCACCACCACCAUCUUCGUCACCACCACCACCACCACCAUCUUCGUCAUCUCCUCCUCCUCCCAAGGGGUCACCUCCUCCCUCACCAUCUCCGUCACCACCACCACCAUCUUCUUCACCUCCUCCCCCACCAUCUCCGUCACGACCACCACCACCACCAUCUCAAUCACCUCCCCCACCACUUCGAUCAGCUCCUCCUCCUCCUCCUCCUCCUCCUGGAUCUCCAUCACCUCCAUUUGCUCCUCCUCCUCCAAAGUAGCUGCCACCACCUCCCAAUGUUGACUAAAACAAACAGUCUUCGUACUAAUUAGUUUGUCUAAUAAAGUCAUAAAAUGAAUAAUUGGUGCUGAAGUAAUCAGAUGCCAUCGUCAGGGACUAGUUUAUUACUACUGUUCAAUGCCAAACAAGGCAACCUACUUGAGACAAGGGGGCAUAUAUAUAUAUAUAUAUAACAUACAAUGAAGGUCGACGUACAUGAUGCCAUGAUGCCUUGCAGCUCAUGUGCAAAAUAUGAUUUUAUUCUCUUGAGUUAGAGAUAUAAUAAAUUUGUGAUUCCUAUAA